AAUGCGUCGUGUGAAUAUUAGUAAAACUAAAGACCCUAUUGCCCCACAUGCGGCAAGGUUAGUUUCUUACAUGAAUACGCACCCAGAAACAAUUCUCGCAUAUGCAAAGUAUUUUGGAAAAGUUCAGAACGCCGUUAGCGCGCGUAUGACAGAUAUGGAUUCUGAUGAAUUCGUUGUGUUAGCAAGGGAAUCAGAUGGGACAGAAAAUGAAGUUCAUAUUAGAUUUAAAAAUAGUUUGAAAAGUUAUGAGCAGGUUAGGCCAGUAUUGACUGAUAUGGCCAAAGAGGCAGAGGAGGCUUUAUCUUUGCCCAGUACAAGACCUCCGCCUAUGCCAUCUGAAAAUUUUACGAAUACUCAUACCCCUUUUAAUCCACCAGAAUCACCAAAAUUCUUUGGAACCUUGAUAGUAAUUGUUUUCUUCAUUGUUUUAACAUAUUAUCCUUCUCCGGCACCAGAAGUUAUCAAUACUUUGAGGUCAAUAUUUGGACAAGAAUUUCUACGAGGCUUUGUUCUAUUUAUUGUUGGUUGUCAUAUUAUUGAAGCCUUGAUAGUCAUUUUUGUUUUGGCGAAAAGAGGGGAAAAUGAUUUAAUGACGUGGAUUCUUGAAGUCAAUUUCGAGCUGAUUCGCGUUUGUAUCGAUUAUCACACCAAUAAGUGGCCAAAUGAAGAAUCGAAUAUAUAUAAAAUGCGUCUUCAAACAAAUUUGGCCUAUCUUGCAAUGGUAGCUGAUGAAUACAACGGGAAUCCUCGAAACAAAGUAAAGCCCAAAGUACCUGAUUUAUCCCCUUUACCCGUUCCACGUGGUUCAUGCGGACAAAGUCUUAACAAUCUUAUUCAACAAGCCGUUCAAAUAUUCUCUGACUAUAAAAAAUUUCAUAGAUCUGAUGGCAUUCCUACAACUAUAAGUUCUAAUGCAAAUAAUAUCAGUCAUACAAGCAAUAAUGUUACUAGUAAUAUAUCGCCUAAUACGAUAUCAGACGCGGGAGCAUCCACCUCUCCCAGACAAUAUAAAUUGCCGACUUCAAGCAGUAUUAUGGGUUCUGUGCUGCCGUCGUCUUCUCAAUAUCAACAAAUGUACCAGAAGCAACAGCUCUCUCCACAGCAGCAAAUACAUCCUCCACAACAAUUACAACAACAAAUUUCACAUCAACAGCAGCAUGCUCAACAACAGCAAUCGUCGAACCGAUUCUCUGGAUCUAUAGCGCCAUCCGCAACGAUGGCUGCAUCCAAUGCUAACAACGGACAGGGCACAGGGAUACUACCUUCUUUAAUUGGAUUCACAGGCUUUAUGAGUGGUGGUAAUUCUGGGAUGUCCAAUAGUGCGGGGUUUGGCGCCACAAAUGCUUUUGGUAUGGUCCGAUAUCCGAGCGCUAAUGGAAGUGGCGUGAUGAAUAACGGUGGUAUCGGUAAUAAUGAAGCAGGGUUGGCAGGUAACAAUAACAUGGGAAACAAUGGUAUUGGUGUUAAUUCUUUGCCAGGUAAUGGUUACGGGAGUAAUAGUUUAGCAAGCAAUACCUCAGGACUGCCAAAUAUGUUAAAUCACGAUAAUGGAAUUUGGCAGCCACUUGUGUGCCCAACUCAAAAAUGCUACUUGGAUUAUCCGGGUGUAACCGAGAAUAGAUCAGUCGCGCAACCAGCAUUCCGAGUUGGAAUGGGUCUCCUCAUAAAUAAAAUUGUCUAG